UAUUCAGUAAGUAAACUCGGCAAAAAUCCUGCAACUACGAAGAUUAACAAUUGACAAUUUAUAGUCAGAGCGAAUUUCUUAAUUAAUUCGUGAUCUGAUUAAAAGAAUUACCGAAUUUUUCAGUGUGUUGCCUAAAAUCGUUUAAUUAUGCUGUUCAAAGGUGUAUUAACGACGUAUUUUCUUGUUGUUCUGGUCCUUCAAGAAUUUUGCUCUGGACAUCCAACCUUACCAGAUCAAGUGACAUCAAAAUUAAACGACACUUCUACAAGUCUCAAACAAAACAAAUUCGGCUUGGACAGUGCAGAUUUACGGACUAAAUUAUCCAAAUCGUUGUCUCAAUCUCCUCCCGUUUCCGACCCUCUUGACGAAGGGAACUCAACUAAUUUGAAUAAUUUGGCAAACGACGCACCUCCCGAAAUCGGGUAUAAUCAAACAUUUUGGAAUGGGAUUCCAGGCUUCGAAUAUAUCACAAUGCUGACUAAUACAACGGUCCAUGGCGAAUUUGUGAAAAAAUAUGACAAUGUUUUCAUAAUGUACUACGCUGAUGGGUGUUGGCACAGUUUAAAAGCAAGACGCGCGUUUACUAAGGCUGCCAUCCUUUCCAGACAUGAGGUUAAAUUUGGCGCCGUUGAUUGUAAAUAUAACCGCGAGACUGAAAAGGUGUGCCGCAGCCUUGGAAAACAUCGUAUCAAGAUGUUCCCUACCUUCUACCUGUACGUGGAUGGAUAUUGGUAUGGAGAGUAUGCAAGUACGUACUUGAUUUCUCUAGCUGAAAAGUCUCAUAAUUCCCAUGGAAGAAUUGAAAAAUCGAAUAAUGCAGACACCAACGAAGCAACUUUCAACAAUAUUUAAAAAAAUUUAAAAUAUGGUAAUCUCAUAUUUAUUAGUUUCGCAUGGCGUCUGAAUUUCAAUUAUGUUAUCAAUCAAACAAGGAAUAAUUCCUGCAGCAUUGUGUAAACAUUUGUGUACAAUUAUAUACUUGUGAAAGAUCUAAUAAAAAAUGUCACAAAUUAA